AUGCUAGCCACUGGCCACACCCUCCGGUUCUCUGGACCACAAAAUGAAGAAGACAAUCACCACAAUGGGGUUGGAUUGCUUCUAACAAAUACUGCUCACAAGAGCCUUCUUGAAUGGGAACCAAUCAAUGACAGGAUCUUGAGAGCCAGGUUCAACUCUAAGUUCCAGGAAGUGACCAUCAUUCAGUGUUACGCCCCUACAAACCUGACAGAUGACAACACCAAGGAAGAUUUCUAUGGCCAUCUCCAGAGCGGCCUAGAUAAAGUCCCAAAGCGCGACAUCACUAUAGUCAUGGGCGACAUGAACGCCAAGGUAGGUUGUAACAACACAGGAAAGGAGCUCAUCAUGGGAAAGCAGGGAGUUGGAGAUAUCAAUGAGAACGGAGAGUUAUUCACUGACUUUUGUGAACUGAAUGACCUUGUCAUAGGUGGCACCAUAUUUGCUCACAAAGACAUUCACAAAGUUACAUGGACAUCACCCGACAAGUCAGUGAAAAACCAGAUUGACCAUUUGGCGAUCUUGCGAAGAUGGAGGACAACCCUCAGCGAUGUCAGAGCUUAUCGAGGAGCAGAGAUUUGCUCAGACCAUGAACUUCUCAAAGCAAAGCUUCAGGUCAGAAUUGCAAGGGUCAGAACGCAAGGGAACACCAAGAGUCCACGCUCCGAUAUCACCAAGCUGAAGACGCCUCAGGACAAGCAAGAGUUCUCCAUCAGUCUGAGAAACAAAUUCGAAGCUCUGGCGGAUGCAGAUGCUGACUCGCUGGAGAAUAAAUGGGAACAGGUAAAGAACACUUUCACAGUCUGUCUGUGA